UUUGUUGUUUUGCUGUCAAUAUCAACACGUAAACACAUAAAUUUAUAAUAUUUGUGUAUUAAAUAAUAAACCUAAUUUAGUUUUACUGUAUUUUCAUUAAAUAAUAUUGUGUACAUUUUUUAUAAGAAUAAAAUUAAACUAUAUUUGUACGAAAAUGCUCUCAUCCUUAAUUAAAGAACAUCAAACUAAACAAGCAGCUAAACGAGUAGUACAAGAACAAAAACGAAAAGAAUGCAUUGCAGCUGCCAAUGAUUUGACUCAAGCACUAGUUGAUCACUUAAAUGUGGGAGUAGCUCAAGCCUAUUUAAACCAAAAGAAACUAGAUGCUGAAGCAAAAUUGUUACAUCAAGGAGCUAUUAACUUUGCAAAACAAACACAACAAUGGUUGGCUUUGGUUGAGAAUUUUAGUAGUGCUUUAAAGGAAAUAGGUGAUGUGGAAAAUUGGGCUCGAAGUAUUGAAAGUGACAUGAAAAUAAUCACAGAUACAUUGGAGAGAGCUUAUGAAACAACCCAAGAGAAACCCAGCUCUAGUCAAUAAUUAUUAUAGCAAAUUUAGAUAUAAAUAUUAAUUGUCAGUACAUAUAUUGAUUAAUUAAAUUAUAGUUUAAGAUUA